AUGCGAUCAGUUACUUUAUUCACUGCUCAAUUCGGUGACAUUCCAUUAGAAAUCCUUGCGGCAAAAGCUCGCGAAUGGGGUUUUGACGGAUUGGAACUUGGUGGACAUCUGGAUAUUCACCGAGCUUCAACUGAUCAAACAUAUUGUCAAGAAAUCCUGUCCUUACUCGCUAAAAAUAAUCUCAAACUAUUUGCUCUAUCGGCACACUUAGUUGGUCAAGCUGUAUGUGACCACAUUGAUGAACGUCGUCAUCGACCCAUUCUGCCAGUUCAUGUAUGGGGUGAUGGUAAUCCCGAAGGCGUUAAACAACGCGCCGCCGAAGAAGUCAUUGCUGCUGCUCGUGCUGCGAGAAACUUAGGUAUUAAAAUCGUGAAUGGAUUUACAGGUUCAAGUAUUUGGCAUUUACUCUACGGUUUUCCGCCAAUUCAUCCUGAACAAAUUAAUGAAGGUUAUGAAGAUUUCGCGAAACGAUGGAAACCGAUUUUAGAUGAAUAUCAGAAAUGUGAUGUUCAAUUUGCACUCGAAGUUCAUCCAGGUGAAAUCGCGUUCGACAUUGUCAGUGCCGAACGCGCAUUGGCUGCGCUUGAUUAUCAUCCAGCGUUCGGAUUCAACUUUGAUCCAUCGCAUUUAGGCUAUCAAGGAGUUAACUAUAUCGAAUUUUUACGUCGAUUCAAAACGCGUAUAUUUCAUGUCCACAUGAAAGAUGUCGAUUUCGACUGGAAUUGUCCCUGUGAAGCAGGUGUAUUUGGCGGUCACACAAGUUUCGGUGAUCCACGCCGAUUUUUUAAUUUUCGUUCUCUUGGACGAGGAAAAAUCGAUUUCGAAAAGAUUAUUCGAACAUUGAAUCAAAUCGACUAUCAAGGUCCAUUGUCAGUCGAAUGGGAAGACGGAGAUAUGGACAGAGAAAUGGGCGCCCAAGAGUCAUUGCAAUUCGUGCGUCGAUUAGAUUUCAAACGCGGAAGUCAGCAAUUUGAUGCUGCGUUUAUUUUUCAUCGGUACUAA